AUGCGGCUGCUAGGGUUUAUUCCUCUUUCUCUUUUGGGUCCGGAAGCAAAUGUGGGAAACAGUUUAUUUGUUUCUUUCGGAAGUGCUGCUGCUGCUGCUGCUGCGCGGCAGCAGCAGCUGAAGCAGCAGCUGCAGCAGCAGCUGCAGCAGCAGCGCCAGCAGCAGCAGCAGGAGCAAAAGCAGCAGCAGCAGCAAACAAAUGUCGAAACUAGAAAUGCACUUUCUUAUUUCGAAGAGAGCAAAAGACUUCUUUCCGCCCUUAUCCUUGCCAUGGAUAAAAAGCAAGUUGCUGCAGUUGUGUCUUUCGUUCCUCGCCGGGGGGCCCCCGUGAUGCUGGGGGCGCUGUUGCCGCAGGUGAACUCUACGAAGUCGACAACAGGGGGGCCCCCGUGA